AUGGAUAAAACUCAGCUUACUGGCCUCACGACAAUAAUUGGUAAUUUGUAUAAAGAAUUGAUAUUAUUGUUAUUAUGUUUAUUGACUCCAGUUCUCGGUGCUUCUGGUGACCUUGCGAAAAAGAAAACAUAUCCUGCACUUUUUGGUCUUUAUCGCAAUGGUUACUUACCUGAAGGAACCGUUAUCAUUGGCUAUGCAAGAUCAAUUCUUUCUCUCCAAGAAUUUCAUAAUCGUCUCCUUGAAUACGCUAAACUUCCUACUGAUCAAAUCAAAGGACAAUUCACGGAAUUCUUAAAACUUUGUACGUAUAUUUCUGGUCAAUAUGAUAAAGAUGAAGACUAUCAAAGAUUGAACAAGGCUGUAGAAGAAGUCGAGAUGACUGUUGGAAAUGGAAAUAAGAACCGUGUUUUUUACAUGGCUUUGCCUCCUAGCGUGUUUAUACCUGUAGCUCAUGGUAUAAAAAAAAAUCUCUAUUCUACAAAGGGAAUAAAUCGUUUAAUUGUUGAAAAACCCUUUGGAAUGGAUUUAGAAAGUUCUCGUGAACUUGGUAGAGCUUUGGCUCCAUUAUGGAAAGAGGAAGAGGUUUGUUUGCCAUUUGUUCCUGAAAAAGGGAUUACUUAUCGUAUUGAUCAUUAUCUUGGAAAAGAAAUGGUUAAAAAUCUAUUGAUUAUCCGUUUUGCUAAUGUAUUUUUCGGGGCUAUUUGGAAUCGCCAAAGUAUUGCCAAUGUUCAGAUCACUUUUAAGGAGAAAAUUGGAACUGAAGGCCGUGGUGGAUACUUUGAUGAAUUCGGUAUAAUUCGAGAUGUCAUGCAAAAUCAUCUCUUACAAAUUUUGAGUAUUGUUGCUAUGGAACGUCCUAUAUCAUUAACUUCGGAAGAUGUCCGCGAUGAAAAAGUUCGUGUCUUACGCUGUAUCCCUCCAGUGAAGAUGGACGAUGUUAUCCUUGGACAAUAUACAAAAUCUGAAGAUGGUACCAAACCUGGGUACCUAGAUGAUAAAACUGUACCCCCAGGCAGCAACUGUCCCACUUUCGCAGCAGCGACAUUAUGGAUUAAUAACGAACGUUGGGAAGGAGUUCCAUUUAUUCUCAAAUGUGGCAAAGCUCUCAAUGAACAAAAGACCGAAAUUCGAGUUCAAUUUCAGAACGUGCCUGGCAAUGUAUUCAAGGAUGCACCUCGUAAUGAGUUAGUUAUUCGUGUUCAACCGAAUGAGGCUGUUUACAUGAAGAUGACAAACAAAUUACCGGGUCUUUCUAUGGAUACGGUAAUUUCUGAAUUGGACCUUACAUAUCACCGUCGUUUUUCCGAAUUAAAAAUUCCCGAUGCGUAUGAAGCUUUGAUUCUUGAUGUAUUAAAAG